GGUAAGCGCUUAGCAGAAUGUUUCCCAGACAAAACAGAGGAGGACCCGUAUUUAGACGGAAGAAGACAAACGCUGCUUUACCGUCGCCCUCCAAUGGAUGCCGAAGUCAGCCGCCUUUAACAGUAACGGCGUUAAGGAAGAAGACCAGCCACCAAAGGAUCGCUUUUCUUAGACGAAUCAUUUAAGGAAACCCGGGUGAUUGCCAUUGUUUGGUUUCGUUUCUUCCACGGCAGUCUCGAGCUUUGAAUUGUAUAGUCAAUUUCGGAGCCCACUGGACGCAGCAAAAGGUUAUCUUAAACGGUAGUGAUGGUUGAGACUCCGAGAGAGAGAGAGAGAGAGAGUCGUUUCAAACGAGGAAGAAAGAGCUUUUACAGAGAGAAGAUGCAGAGAAUGUUCAAACAUGACCGGUGACGCCUGUUAACUGGUUGAUAAACCUCUCUUCAAAAUCCUCUCUUUCUCUUUAGUUUUCUUGCUGGGUCAGUUUUGUUGUCUCUCUCAAUAAUUGUGGAGGGAUUGAUCCUAAUAGCUAAAACUUCUUGAAGAAUUUUGCCUUUCAUUCCAAGCUUGGUGGACAGAGCAAUGACUCAACGCUCACAAGUACCGAAAUUUGGCGAUUGGGAGAGUGAAGAGAAUGUUCCUUACACGGCUUAUUUUGAAAAGGCUCGUAAGGGUCGUGGGACCAAGAUGAUAAAUCCGAAUGACCCUAAAGAUAAUCCCGAUCUACUCUCUGAUCAUUCAUCUUCAGCUCAACAAGGUCCAACUUCCAGAGCCAGAGCUGAACCUGAACUCGAGGAACCAGUUAUAAGACCAGGAACAGGAAGAUCAACACCGCAUGAACCUCGGAGCAGGGAAGAUAGCGACCUCAGGCAGUUCACUGACUCUCCAGCCAGACAUGACCAUUCGGGAAGUGGAGCUAGCAGUGAGUCAUCAGGACAUCAACGUCAUGGAGGCCGUGGAGUCAGUUCUGGCGAAACCCAUAGAAGACCUGCAAGGUUUAGUGGUGAUCAUCAAGGAUCCGAGUAUAGUGUUGAUCGUUCGCCACUCCGCCAGGCAAGGGUCCCGGCCGCGAGAGAUGGCGGUGUCAAUUCACACUCUUCAGAAGGAAAGACUUCAUAUGACAGUAGCCAUGGUACUGCUGGAAGAAACCGAGUGAAAUCAGAGACUCGAGGUGAUGAAACGCCUGAAAAAGGUGCUGCUGUUCCAAAAUUUGGUGAGUGGGAUGAGAACAACCCGGCAUCAGCCUAUGGUUUUACUCACAUUUUCAAUAAGGUGCGGGAGGAGAGGCAGAUUGGGAUGGGAAGGGUACCGGGGCCUCCUGAGACUCAUUACAACAACAUGCGGAACCAAGAUGCUGAUGACAAUGCUAAGUGCAGUUGCUUUCCUUGGGGCAGAAAAUGAUGUCUUUGGAGUUGUGGAUAAUUACAAAGGUCUGCGGGACCCGUAAAUACCCUUGAAUGCUCUCUCUCUCUCUCUCUCUCUCUCUCCAAGCUGAGUUACUUCUCCGACAGUGCGAUCAUUUUCUCUGUGUCCGCUACUUUGUAUUAACAAUCAUGCAAUUCUGAUGUAAGAACAUGCCUUCUUUUAUCUUUA